AAUAUAAAUUACGAAGAUACUGUAUUUAUAAUCCUUUUUUCUGAUAUUGCAGACUUGUUAUUUCGUCACUUUGGAUAUAUACAUAAUUUCAUCUGUUUUCUAAGACUGAUUUAUUUGCUUUCUACCUUAAUCUUCCUUCCACGGACCUCUGCAAAAUGUCGGACAGAACAAUGGCGCGGCAAGUACAGCUGUUUAUUUGGUUUCUCUCUCUCAGUUCGGCUCUCGGGCAGGUCAGCUACUCCAUUCCUGAGGAAAUGCCAAAAGGAUCUUUAGUCGGAAACAUAGCGCAGGAUUUGGGUUUAGAUUUAAAGAGACUGAAAUCGGGUAAAGCGCGUAUUUAUACAGGAGACAGCGCUGAAUACAUCGAACUGAAUAAAGAGAGAGGAGUCCUCCUUAUCAAAGAGAGAAUAGACCGAGAGGCGCUGUGCGGACAGACAACGCCUUGCGCGCUACAUUUCCAGAUUAUUUUAGACAAUCCAAUAGAGUUUUACUCCAUUACUGUCGAAGUUACAGAUGUAAAUGACCAUUCGCCAUCUUUUAAACGAACUGAGAUGAGAUUCAGAAUUAGUGAGUCAGCUGCAACUGGGGCAGUUUUUGUUUUAGAGAGAGCGAUGGAUUUAGACGUCGGAAUAAACGGCCUUCAGAAUUAUAUAUUAAAGCCCACUGAUAAUUUUUCAUUAAAAUUACAGAUUCAAACUGACGGUAGUAAGCUAGUAAAAAUGGUUCUUCAAAAACCUCUCGAUCGUGAAAAGCAAGAGCAUUUGUCUCUGGUUCUGACAGCGAUAGAUGGAGGUGAUCCACAGUUGUCUGGUACUGCGCAGAUACAUAUUACUGUUUUAGAUGCCAACGACAACGCGCCUGUUUUUACCCAGGAAAUAUAUAAAGCGAGUGUCACUGAGAAUGCUCAAAAAGGCACAGUUGUGACGACGGUGAGCGCUUCUGAUUUGGAUGAGGGUUCUUACGGCAAAAUUACAUAUGCUAUUACAAAUAACCUAGACAAUGUUCCGGAGUUGUUUGAAAUUAACGAAACAAACGGUGAGGUGAGAGUAGCAGGGAAUAUAGAUUACGAGAAAGCUGGGCACUAUCAAAUUCAUGUUCAGGCGAGCGACGAUGGGGGUCUGACUGAUUCUUGUAAAAUCGAUGUGGAUGUGAUUGAUAUAAAUGACAAUAAACCACAGAUCAACAUUAUGUCUAAAUUAACCACAAUAUCAGAAAACUCUACUUCUGGAACUGUUGUAACUGUGAUAAACGCACAAGACCCAGAUGCAGGAGAAAAUGGUAAAAUUGAUUGUUCAGUUAUUGAGAACAUUCCUUACCUUAAGUCGACAAAUGCCAAUUUCUUCAGUUUAGUCACAGAUAGUGAUUUAGACCGUGAGCGCGAGUCUGAGUAUAACAUCAGUGUGACGUGCGCUGAUGAGGGCGUGCCCUCUCUCUCCAGCAGCGUUACUCUCUCCUUAAAGAUAUCAGAUGUGAAUGAUAACGCGCCUGUCUUUGACAAGAGCUCAUAUGAGGCCUCUGUUCAAGAAAACAACACACCGGGUCUUUCCAUAUUCACAGUCAGAGCCAGAGACAGAGAUUUUAACCAGAAUGCCCGUGUGUCUUACAUGCUGGAGGUCUCGUCGGUAAACGGAGUGCCGGUCUCCUCUUUAGUCUCCGUUAGUGCUGAUAGUGGAGUCAUACAUGCAGUGCGAUCUUUCGAUUACGAGCAGAUCAAAGAUUUCCAGUUCCGCAUAAAAGCGCAGGACGGAGGCUCCCCUCCUCUCAGCAGCAACGUGAGCGUGAAAAUAACAAUUCAGGACCAGAAUGACAACGCGCCUCAGGUUCUGUAUCCGGUCCAGUCAGGUGCUUCUGUGGUCGCUGAAAUAGUGCCUCGUUCGGCAGAUGUGGGUUAUCUGGUGACUAAAGUGGUGGCUGUUGAUGUGGACUCUGGACAGAAUGCCUGGCUCUCAUAUAAACUGCAGAAAGCCACAGACAGGGCGCUGUUUGAAGUGGGCUUCCAAAAUGGAGAAAUAAGAACUGUACGCCAAGUGACAGAUAAAGAUGCUGUGAAACAAAGACUCACUGUUGUAGUAGAGGACAACGGGCAGCCCUCUCGAUCAGCUACAGUCAAUGUUAACGUAGCUGUGGCGGACAGUUUUCCUGAAGUGCUCUCGGAGUUCACUGAUUUUCCACACGACAAGGACUACAACGACAAUCUGACUUUCUAUCUGGUCUUGGCCUUGGCUGUAGUUUCGUUUCUCUUUAUCGUGUCUAUCAUUGCCAUACUGUCAGUCAAAUGCUACAGAUGGAGACGCGAGCAGAUGUUACAAAUCUGGAGCAAAUCUUCCAGUUAUUCCGUAUUAUCCGCCUCUUUACGCAGACGUAGGGGGCACAGGAACUUUACAGCACGUGUAUAAUUAUGAGGUUUGCAGAACCACUGACUCCAGAAAGAGUGAUCUGAAAUACGUCAGACCUUGCAGUGAGAGCAUCAUUAGUCUGGACAGCAGUGGAACACAGACACUAACACAUGCGCAAAGGGAAAUACUGAACUUUGACGAUUGUGACGAUCAG